UCCAAAAAUCGAAAAAAUGUUGGAAAUGACUGAGGAAUUCGAGGAAAAGGCUCUUUCGGAGGAGACAGAUGAAAGAAUUUGUCGUUACUGCCACAAAACGUUCAAAAAUGCGACAAUUCGGAAGAGACAUGAGAGAAUUCAUACUGAUGAGGCUUAUCAGUGUCACAUUUGCUCCAAAAGGAUCGCCCAGAAGAGUCAUUGGGUCGAACACAUGCAAAAAGUGCACCAACAAACGCCCGAAGAGGUGCCUGUGAGACCUUUGAAGCAAGAACCCAUCAUCGAGGAAGCCGAUCCAGCAUCUCCUACGACCCAAGAUGACAAAUUUACCUUCCUCAAUGGCAAAUAUUACUGCGGCUUUUGUCCAAAAUCGUUUCAUACGCGCUCCACGAUCCGGCGACACGAACGCGUUCACAUCAACCCCUUCAUUUGCGACUAUUGCGGCUUCAAAAGUGGCUCAAAAUGGCAUUUGCGCGAUCAUUUGAUGGGUCACACGCGAUUAAUUGACCCGAAUCAGAAGCUGGUCAAAGGUCGCAACAAUGCGAUACGCAAAAAAUCCAGCAGAAUCUAUUGCGACGACUGCGGAAGGUAUUUUUACUCGGAACACGACUUGAAUUCGCACAAAAAACGACGCCACACUUUAAAAAUCGACAAAGGAAGCGAUCUUGGGAUGUUAUUUGAGCUGUUCGGACACGAAAAUGAGAUCAAAGAACUGAAUCCGGCAGUCGAUUUUGUGCAUUUCGACGACGAACCGUCGGAAAAUUUAAUCACGGAGGUCUUUGUGAAGGAAGAACCCAUGAAUUCGGAGUUUUUGGAUCCGGAUUUGUUUGGAAUGAGCACCAACGGCGACAUUGACGGCCUUUAUCGAUGCAGUUGUGGCGAAAAAUUUGCCCGUUUUGUCGAUUUAGCGUUCCACGAAAGUCAAUUUCAUGCGGAUUCCUUCAAAGAAUGCGUUGAUUCCAUGCGAGAUGUGCUUCUAAAGCUCUUGAAUGUCGAAAUUCAUGCGGAAAUUGACGAAAAAGACGUUCCAAAAGUUGAAAUUAUGGAAGAUCGGAGACCAGAAACGUACCAAGAUCUCAUCAGUCGUAACAUAAAUGUCGAAUGCAUCUUUUGUCAAGCUUCCAUCGUGGCUCUUUCGUACGACGAACACUUAAAACAAGCACAUCCCAUGGAAAAUCCCGUCGAUGCACGUCUCCAAACGCAAAAAUAUUGCUGCAAUUGUUGUUUGAAGACCUUUAAAAACCUUCUGGCGCUCGUUAAGCACAUUCGUUCGGCGGAUCAUCAACUCGAAGGCACCUCUUGUGACAUUUGCACGUCAGAUAAUUACGCGACGUUGCAAGAACUCAACAGUCAUCGUCUCGCGGCGCACCAAAAUAAGGCAAUUCCCACGUGCGAACAGUGCCAAAAGACAUUUUUGAGUAAUCGACUGCUGAAAUUUCACAUGUUGAGUCAUAAGGGACUCAAAGCGCGUCGUUGCAAGUUCUGCGGAUGCAAAUUUUUGAGUCAGGAGGCGCUGGAUCGACAUUUGCCGGUGCAUGAAAACGAAGCGACGCGUGUUUGUCCCACUUGUGGAUUGGAGUUUAGGGGACGAGAACCUUUGCGACAACACAUGAAGAACAGACACGGAGUUAGUAAGUCUGGAUCCGCGUCGCAACCGGAGAUCAUGUGUACAACUUGCGGAAUGGUCUUUAAAGGCAAAGAUCGGUUAAGGAGACAUUUGGCGCGAGUGCAUUUGGAAAGAAUUUUCAAUAUCGAGUGUCAACAUUGCUCCAAAAAAUUCGAUUCCAAACACGAUUUGGCAAAACACAUCGUCGUUCACUCAAAAGAGAUCAAAUUCUUUUGCGAAGUAUGCGAUAAGGGUUUUACGCGGAAGCAAUCUCUGAAUCGGCAUAUAAAAGUACACGAUGAAUCAACGAAGGUGUUUACUUGUACAUUUUGCCCGAAGACUUUUCGCAGUGCAAGUAAUCAGAAAAGGCAUAUUAUGUCACAUACGGGCGAAAAAAAUCAAAUUUGCACGGAAUGUGAUGCGAGUUAUGCGGAUCGGAGCUGUUUGAAUAAACAUAUGGAAAGAACGCAUGGGCAUGGACUGCCCGGGUAUCAGAAAAUGACUGGAAAUUAAUGAAUUAAAAAUAUAAGAAAAUUAAAAAAUUUUGAAAAUUUUUAAAU